AUCAUUUCGACAGAUGAAUUCGAAAAUAUUAGUCUUUUUGUUAUUCAUCUUACAGAUGUUGAUAAAGCUGGACAUUAUUACAAAUUCAAUUCUGAGAAAUACUAUGAACAAUUAGAAAAAAUGGAUAAACAGAUUGGUGAAAUUUUAUCUGUUUUAGAUAGAAAAGGAUGGUUAAAAGAUUGUUUGUUGGUACUCACAACUGAUCAUGGUGGUGUUGGUACAACGCAUGGUAAAGAUUCUGAUUUGGAGCGAAAU